AUGCCUGUUCCUCCGCUCUCUACGGGCAUCAGAUCAGGCUCUUCGUCCGUUGCUACCACCAGCGCCGCUUCCUCCUCCACCUCCACGUUCGUAUCCACCUCGAGCUUCACCAGCGAUGGCAGCACCUUCGUCACAACCAUCAGCUCUACUUCCGAGGGCAUCACUAGCAUCCCAACCACGUCCACCGUUGAUACUCAGACUUUUUAUCCAGCUCCAGCGCCUCUGCAUCCUCCAGCUGGUCUGCCUCCUCCAGGCCCUUCUGUUGCGCACCUUGCUGGCCAUCCCCCCACGAACCCUUAUAUAUCGUUUUUGACUCCCGUCAAAUCUGCUCAGGCCCCUGCCGGUCAGCUCCCUGUCAACACUCCUGCCGGCCUGCUUUCUGCCAACCCCACGGCACUCGGGGUACCGACAGGCGGUGCCACGCCUCCCGCUGUUACUGUUGCCGGUCCCACCAGACCUGUCCUCUUGUACAGUUUCAUCGGUAUGGCUCUGAUUGCAGCUGCUGGAGUUGUCUUUAUGUUGUAA